AUUUGUAUUUUCAUUUUGACAUUUCUUCACUACUUCAGAAGAAUUCAGAAGUGACUUCAGAAGUGACGUCAUGUCAUUACGAGAGAUGGCUUCUCCGUAACAGACAUUGAAUAGUACGGUUGUAGUACGUGCUAGAAUAAACAGCUUACCAAAGGCCGAUUCCACUGUCGUAUUUCUAUAGUGAUGAGUGCGCUGUUAAAGUGUUACUCUGCACUCUCGAAAAUUCUUAGCAGGAGAAAAUGGUCUGAAUGGAUAUCAUACAACGUCCCAUCCAGUUAAUUUGAGAUCAGACCAAUUGUUUUACUAAUAUUAUGUCAUGCAGUCGGGUGUUGUCAUGUGAUUCAUUGCUAAAUUCGAAAGUGUAUACUAAUUGUCUAACUCAAAUAUUCCUUCGUCCUCACAUUUGAAUAAGAUGAGCGGGAGAUGUCCUUGCGGUGCGAACUAUCUCCCAGUUUUAUUUGCUAGUAUUCUGUUUAUAUCGAUAAUUACGUCGUUCGUUAUAGCUGUUGCGCGAAGUGACAUAACACCAUGGUUUCCUGCUAUCAGUGACACAGCAACAAAAACUCCUGAGAGUAAUGUAUUCUCACAGUUGGUUAACAUUGCAACAUUUAUUGGUUUGAUAUUGAUUUAUGUUCGUUAUCUGCAAGUAAAACGAGAUGUUCAAUUGCUGGAAGGAGGUCAAAAUCCAGUUAUUUUGAAUCGAUACAGUUUACCUAUAGGAUUGAUUGCCAUACUGGGAUGCAGCUUUGUAGCAAACUUUCCGGAGUGCCAGGUUCCAAUUGUUCACAUCAUUGGUGCCAUGGUGCUAUUCAUAUUUGGAAAUAUAUAUGUGUGGGUUCAAGUGGUUGUAUCAUUCCAUAUGAAAAGAUUUGGAAUCAUAAGUCAAUGCAUCUUUAACACAAGACUUAUUUUGGCUAUACUUUCAACAAUAAGCUUUUUUUUAACUUUAUUUAUUGUACAUGCUGCCACCAAGAAGACUGGAAGUAAUUUACAUUGGCAUUCCAGUGAUCCAGGGUUCAAGGAACAUAUUGUUGGUAAUGUAUUUGAGUGGGUGAUGGUAUUUUGUUUCCUGUUGGUUUUUCUUACAUUUACACGAGAACUACAACAAAACCAAAUACAGGUUCGUCUUGUGGAUUAUGAAGCCAGUUAUGAUCCCAUCCCAGUACAACCAGAAAAUAUAUAAGUUAUAGCAAAUUGGUCUUCUUUGAUUACCAUAUAUAGAAUGCUUCCAACCAAUUAUCAUAGGCUAAAGCUGCUAUUGUAAGAAUACACUAUACUUUAAUGUAAUAAAUCAUGUGAUGCUUAAUAUUUGUAAAUGUAAUGAUAGAAGAAUAUCUUGUAGACAAUAUCAAUGUAAAAGAACACAAUUAACCUUGUGAAGAUUCAGCUAUACAUGAUGAUCCUAUAACUAGUCAGCACAUAAGCAGAUGUUGUGCAUUGAUUGUUUUUGAUACAAUAAAAAAGUAGUAUA